CGAUCACCGCUGCUGUCUAUGGUUACCACGGACGCCGUCUCUUCUCAGCGGCGCUGUUAGCGAGCGAGCUAACGGCUUAUUCCUCCACAACACAAACCAGCGCUGGACAAUAGAGCUCCACCGAGGACGCCGUGACAGCCUGUGCUAACGGUUACUGAGCACAGAAAAUAAGGAAACACACCUCGCAAUGUCAUUUAUAUUUGACUGGAUCUACAGAGGGUUUAGUGGUGUACUACAGUUCCUUGGUCUAUAUAAGAAAUCAGGGAAGCUGGUGUUCUUAGGGUUGGAUAAUGCUGGAAAGACGACUCUGCUGCACAUGCUGAAGGAUGACAGGCUGGGACAGCAUGUGCCUACACUACAUCCUACCUCAGAAGAGCUGACCAUUGCUGGGAUGACAUUCACCACAUUUGAUCUUGGUGGUCAUGUACAAGCCAGGAGAGUGUGGAAGAAUUACCUCCCAGCUGUGAAUGGAGUGGUUUUUCUUGUCGACUGUGCAGAUCAUGAGCGUCUUGCUGAGUCCAAGGUUGAGCUUGAUGCGCUGCUGUCAGAUGAAACUAUAUCUAAUGUGCCGAUCUUGGUGUUGGGGAACAAAAUCGAUCGGCCGGAGGCAGUAAGUGAAGGGAGGCUACGAGAAGUCUUUGCUCUUGACGGACAGACCACUGGGAAGGGAAACAUGUCACUGAAGGAGCUGAAUGUGCGUCCAUUGGAAGUCUUCAUGUGCAGUGUCCUAAAGAAACAGGGCUAUGGAGAAGGUUUCCGCUGGCUCUCUCAGUACAUUGACUGAGGGGAGUUCUCUGAUUGAAAAGACUCCUAUUUUUGAGUUCUGAUGAGCGACGGAUAGAGAACACCUUCAUAAAAGGACCCAGGAGGAGUACUGGGUAUUCAGCUUAAAGACACCCAUCCCUCCCCAGCCCAAAACCUUCAACAUUCCAUCCAGGAAAAACAGAUGUGAUUUUACAUUGUCAAAUGAAACUAAAACAUGUAAAAGUAUUUAAUGCUAUAAUCUGGGCCAUUCGUGUCACAUCACACAUAUGUACACUAUUUCUGCGUUCUGUACGUGUAUGUGUGACUAAUUUGUCGUGGUGUAGUAUUAAUUUGGUGUGAUACAGCAUUUUAGGGCGGGAGCCCAGUAGCUGCACCAACUUUGUUGGCCAAGGAUCACUGCGUAUUGCCAACAUGAUAUCAUGUAGUUCAAAACCAUGAAUCAAAAAUAGACAAAAAUCAUAAAAGACAAUUCUGAGAACAUUAGAAAAUGAAUGCAAAACGUCAUUCCUUAUGAUAUACAAUACUGCGCAACAGUCUUGGGCAUCUGAAAAAAAUAUAUGUAAAGCCAUUUGUUUCGGCAGUAAGUGUUCAUUUGUUCCUAAAACACUAAAAGUAUUCAUACAAAUAAACAAUGUAUGUGAUUAUAUGUUUGUGAGUGUGGUAGUUUUACCAGUUUCACUUUCUCCUCAAGGAAGCCCAGUUUUUACAGUUAAAAUCCAUCGACAAGCUCAUCUAAUCAAUCCUUCAUUAAAUUCAAUUAGAUGUGCUGCUGAUGGAGUUUGACAAAUGCGUGUAAUGACUGGAGAGCAGCGAGAAGUCAGGAGCCAAACAUAUACAUUUAAAAAAUAUGUAUUUCUUUUGUAUUAUUUGCAUUCUUUCUAAUGUUAUAUAGUGUUUUAUAGGCAAAGCACACUUACUGCCAAGAUAAACAGCUUUAAGCAGUUUUCUUGUCUGUUUUGAUUUUUGCACAUUACUAUCUGUUGCUUUAAUACUUGCUUUUAACUUAUUGCAUUGCAGAAAGUGCAUGGUGUAUCUAGCCCUUGAAUGUUUAUCAUUAUAGUUUGAGAUUAUAUUAUAUUAUUUGAGAUUAAUAGUGAAAAUACAUGUGGCCUCUGGCCCAUGUUUGCCUGUACUCAUUGGGUAUCACCAUUAUUAGUCAGCAUAUCUUUAUAAAGCAAUAACAUUAAGCUCCACAAGAGUAGUUGAAGAAGGCACUGGAAGGAAGAUGAUGUUCCACAGAUGUUUACAUUGGGAACUUGUCCAUGUCCAAGUAUGUUUAAAUAUGAAUAGGCCUUUGGGCAGUCGUACAGACCACCCUCGUAUCAUAAUGCGCAAAGUACAGCUAGCCUCUAAAAUACGUUACUAAUUUUGUCUGAUAUGUUUUAAAGUAAAAUGAAUAUGUGUCAUAUUGUAGAUAAUGUUCAUAUUGUGCUGAAGUCUAGACAUUCUUGCUCUAUUAUAGGGUUGUGUGUAUAAAAAUUCAUCUGAGACGCUGCAGGUAUUUUGUGAAUAUCAGCUGUUUGGUUUUAAAGCACUGAUAGGAGAGUAUGUGCAGCAUGAAGUAGCUAAUGAAUGUGGUUCUUAUUUAAGUGUUUGAACUUGCACAGCUGUAAAUAUUGUACAGUGAAGUCCAUAUGUGUUUCUACACUACAUAGCCUUGAACUAAAUCCAGGUAUUUAAGAUUAUGUACAAGAAAGUCAUCUAUAAAUAUUUUGAACAAUCCA